ACUCGCCGGCGGUCGCGCUCUCUCUCCCUCUCUCUCUCUCUCUCUCUCGCCGCCGCCAUUGAGGAGUCGGUAGUGACGGUCGGGCUAUGGCGUCUCACAAGACUUUCAGGAUUAAGCGCUUUCUCGCCAAGAAGCAGAAGCAGAACAGACCCAUUCCACAGUGGAUCCGCAUGAAAACGGGCAACAAGAUCAGGUACAACUCUAAGAGGAGACACUGGAGGAGGACUAAGCUGGGCUUGUAGAGAGCCUGAGCCUAACCCGGUUCCAAACCACAAUGGAUAUCACCUGAGGAAUCACCAUGUGGAGCCAAUUGUGUUUUGUUCGCGUUUUCUAUUCAGAGAAAUAAAAAAUGGUAAAAUCUA